AUGGGUGGUCGGGCUCUCAUCGGGACUCAAUCCAAGCGAACAACGAAAUCUGUCGCGGAAUACACAUCACCUACCCAGACCAGUGAACUGACCUCGAGGAAUCUAGGUGACGCUAAGAAGGGUGCCAACCUCUUCAAGACCCGUUGCGCUCAGUGCCACACCGUCGAGGCCGACGGCGGCAACAAGAUCGGCCCUGCUCUGCACGGCCUUUGGGGCCGCAAGACCGGUUCCGUCGAGGGUUACUCCUACACCGACGCCAACAAGAAGAAGGGCAUCGAGUGGAACGACCAGACUCUCUUCGAGUACCUCGAGAACCCCAAGAAGUACAUUCCCGGCACCAAGAUGGCGUUCGGUGGUCUCAAGAAGGAGAAGGACCGCAACGACCUCAUUGCCUACCUCAAGGAUGUCACCAAAUAG